AUCAACGCCAGCCCCGAGCGCGGCGGGGAUGAGGUGUGCCAUGCCUUCCUCCUGGUGCACACCAAGCUGCUGGCCUUCUACUCCAGCCGCAACGCCAGCUCCAUCCUCGUCCUCAUCCUCCUGGUGCAGGACCUGUACCCCAGCCAGAGCGCCGAGGAGGACCUGGACCCCCAGCCUGUGGCAGCGAAGGUGCUCCCCCAGGGACCCAAAAGAAGUGAGAGCAUCCCUGUCGGUGGCCCUGGCUCCUGUGGAGCUGCGGAGAAGGACUCAGAUGACCAGGACACUGACGACCUCUCCACGUUUGAGAUCUACUACACUCCUGAGCCCUCACCAGGCAGGCACAGCACGGGCAGCGAGAGCUGGUCAGAGGGUGCUGAGAUGCUGAGUACAGGAGAGGCAGAUGCGGCAGAUGUCCAGAUGGCAGAGGACUUGCUUCAGACCUUGGGGCCUCUGGUCCCUGAAGCUUCAAACCCCAGAAGGAUUUUCCUGGAUGCCAACCUACGGGAAGGUUACUGCCCCUUGCUGCCACACACUAUGCACUGCCUCCCACUCUGGCCGGGCAUCUCUCUUGUCCUCCUGACCAAGGGCCCCACGACCCAGGUGGCUGUCACGUUGUACCAGCUUCUGGAUGGUUUCCUGGUGCUGGAGAGGAAGCUGGAAGAGGGGCCAGAGGCGGGAGCCCCACGCUCCUACCCGUUCCUGGCCGAACUGCGGCAGCGCAUGGACAAGUUUGUGAAGAAGUUGAGCGGCCAGGACAUCCAGUUGCAGAACACCUGGGUGGACUUCAAGAACAAGAUAUUUUCCCGGAGUGAGCCUGGGAGCAACUUGGAGUGAGUAGGGGGUGGCCAGGAAAGGCAGUGGCAGCUCUGCUCCGUGUACCGCCAGCUCUUCCUGGCCUCCACCAGCCACAGCCUGUCCCAGGGGCUGCGGGACCGUGCCCAGAAGCUGAUGAGGGAGAAGCUGCUGGACUGGCGGGACUUUCUGCUGGUGAAGAGCAGGCGCAAUAUCACCAUGGUGUCAUACCUGGAGGACUUCCCUGGCCUGGUGCACUUUAUCUAUGUGGACCGCACGGCCGGGCAGAUGAUGGCACCGUCGCUCAGCGUGACGGAGAAAUCCAGCUCGGAGCUGGGCAAGGGCCCCCUGGCUGCCUUCAUCAAGAGGAAGGUCUGGUCCCUGAUCGCGUUGACCCGGCGAUACCUGCAGAAGGGCUACACGACACUUGUGCUGCAGGAUGGCGACUACUGCUGCUCCUACUUCCUCUGGUUUGAGAACGAGCUGGGCUAUAAGCUGGAGGUGAUGGAAGUGCCGGUUCUCUCCGAUGAUUCUGCUCCCAUUGGGAUGCUAGCAGGAGACUACUACAGGAAGCUGCUCCGUUACUACAGCAAGAACCACCAGGCAGAGGUGGUGAAGUGCUAUGAGCUGCUGACCGUGCAUCUGGGCAUCAUCCCCUCUGAGCUCGUGGUCCAGCAGGCCUGCGACUUGGCCCGGCGCCUCUGGGAACCUUCCCGCAUCCCCCUGCUCUGA